UUUGUGAUUGAAUAUAAGAGAAUAUGCCAAGGGUUUUUAAUCCGUUAGCUACAUUAUUUUUGAAAAUGAUUUUACACCAACCAUAAUUUUGAUUUGGAUACUUUGGCUAUAGCCAACGAUUUCAACUUUUUAAACCAAUCGAAAUUCCGAAUCAAAAGAUAUAGCAUAUUUUAAGAUUUCUUUUAAAAAUAUUAGAGAGAUCAUGAGCCGUCUUUCAUGUGUUACUAACAAAGUGUUAGAUAAGAGUUUCUAUAUUAAGAGUUAACAGAACAUCAUGGAGACGAAAAUUGAUAUUUUUUUUCCUCACCAUGUAGGGUUGAUUAGCUCCGUUACCACCUAAAUAGUCCAGAGAAAAUUAAGAUUGAACCAAAAAUAUUAUUUCAUAGCUAUCGGAGACCUAAGCGAUGACUGGUUAACUCCAUUACAUUUCUUUAUUAAUCGGGUGAACGAAAAAAAAAAUACCAGUCCCAUAUUUAAAAAUAAUAUCUACCAAUCCAUAGCCGAAACCAAUAGUUUUAAAGAUAUUAUUCCACCACCCUUAGCCGACAGAGAUACUCAUCACUAUCAGCUCUACAAUCAUGCCACCUUUUUUUUUGCACACCUACAAGGCUACAACCCUAAUAACGUGCGUACAUCAUUUGACAAUGUUUGGAAACUUUUAAGUAUAGUUUAGUUUCUGAUCAGGUUUACUUCAAAACGUGACACCAACUAGGCCAUAUACUAUCUAAUAUAUGUACAUUCUAUAUAAACAUCUUAAACAUUCUACAAGUAUCCAUCAAAAACACAAGAAAGUCAUCUCACGCUAUAUUUAUACAUUUUAGAAAAAUGUUUCAUAAGGUUGCUAUUGAAACCUUGGUUCUCCUACUUCUCAUCAAUUACUUGACACAAAUCGAUGUUUCUUCCGCACAAUACUCUCAGUAUCCUCAGUCCCAUGAAUCUCCUGACAGCUACCUUAGACCCCAUAACGCAGCCCGAGCCGCGGUCAAAGUCAGGCCUCUAAGAUGGGACUUCGGUAUAGCCACUGUGGCUCAGGACUACGCAAACCAACUAGCCGCCGGUUCCUGCAGUCUUGAACAUUCCUCUGGACCAUAUGGAGAGAAUCUUGCAUUUGGCAGUGGAGACAUGUCGGCGGCUCAGGCGGUUGCAAUGUGGGUAGAUGAGAAGUCGUACUAUGAUUUUUACUCAAACUCGUGCCACGGACCGGCUUGUGGACACUACACACAGGUCGUGUGGCGUGGCUCAGCUCGGCUCGGUUGUGGUAAGGCUAAGUGUAAUAGUGGUGCAAGUAUUGUCGUCUGUAACUAUGACCCUGCAGGCAAUUAUAUUGGUACUAAACCAUAUUGAUUUCAAUUCAAUUGAUGAAUGUGUGUAAAAAUUGUUGUAUUGAUUACUUUUUUUUUUUCAUUUGAGAAUUCAGUACAUGAUAAAACAUGACGUUAAAAGUUGUAUAAUUACAAAAAUGUUAAGGGACUUUCCUUUUUGAGCGCAUAA